AUGCGCGUUGUAGUGUACAGCGGGGGAUGCCACGUGCGGGAUGUGCGGAAGAUGGCGGAACAGGUGGCGGAGGGGGUGGAUGAGGGAAAGGAGGAGAAGGAUGGACACGGCAAUGAGUCUGUGAGUGAGGUUGAGCAGAACAAAACCGCAGGGGAAGAGAAAGGCGCAUCUUCAUCCUCCUCCACUGCCGCCUCCUCCCCUCCCCGCUUCCACAUCCCAGCCUCCUACGACCUCGCUGCUCACCGCCUCGCCCGCGCCACCAACGCCUCCCUCGCCUCCACGCGCGCGCUCGUCGCCACGCUCGCCGCCGCCGCGCGCCUUAACCCACUCGCGGACCCCCACACCGCCGCCAUCCGCGCCACCACGGCAACCCUCUCCCUCCCCAUCGACAUCCUCCCCGCACACCCCGCCCUGUGCGCGUUCCUAGACGACCCGCUGGUAUUACUUAACAAAGUGCCAACGGGGGUGGUGGAGAGCGAGGGGUGGGAGCGGUGGCGGUGGCAUGUGAAGCUGGCGAUGGACACGAUGCAUGUGGUCAGGCAGUGCGUGGGCACGGGCGCGCGCAUGGUGCUGCUGCUGCAGGAUGACGUGGUGCCAGCCUGGCAGUGGGACGUGGGGCUGGAGAGAUUCGUUGCUGUGGACCUGCCGCGAUUAGUGGGGGCGCGGGAGAGAGAGGAGGAGGAGGAGAGAGAGAGGAAGAGGGACGGGGAGGGGCUGCAGGAGGGGGAGCAGGGGAGGGAGCAGGGGAGGGUGCAGGAGAAGGAGCAAGAGAGCAAGAACGGGAGGCUGGGAGGGGUUGAGAGUGGCAACGGGGGCCGUGGUGGCUGGCACUCGAGAUACCCUACCUGGGACGUGCUGUCGCUGUACUACCCACAGACGUACGGGUGGAAGCUGACCCACGGGGCGGAGUACCCGGUGCCCUGCUGCGCGCAGGCGCUGCUGCUGAACGCGUCCACGGUGGACGGGCUGCUGGCGCACGUGGAGGCGGGGCUCAUGAAUGCGCCACUUGACCUCCUCAUCCAUGAGUACCUCCUCUCUGGUGCUGUCAGGGAGAACGGUGGUGGCGGUGGUAAUGGUGGUGGCAGAGGUCAUGGUGGUAAUGGUGGUGGUGAUGGUGAUGGUCGUGAGGGUCGUCGUCCACGGGCGUAUGUGCACAUUCCGUCGCUCUUCCAGCACAUUGGGGUUGUGCGGACGAAUGUGCUCAAGGGGAAUCAGGGCCACCGGGACAAGCGCGAGGACGACUACUACCAGGACUCGGAGGAGGAGGAGCAGGUGGACGACUCGGACGACGACGAGGACUAUGGUUUCGACGACCCCGACGUCGACGACGACGAUCCCGUGCUGCGACCCAGACAGGCGCGGUACAAGAUUCUAUCGGAGAAGGACAUUCUGCAGCGGCAGCAGGAGGCGAUCGGUGACGUGGCGACGGUGCUCUCCAUCCCCGCAGACGACGCCGCCAUCCUGCUCCGCCACUUCAAAUGGAGCGCGAGCCAGGUGAACGACGAGUGGUUUCAGGACGAGGACCGCGUGAGGAAGGCCGUGGGGCUGCCACGCCCGCACUCCCCCUCCUCCUCCUCUGCCUCUGACCGUCGCCCCGGCAAGGAACCCGAGCCGCAUCUGACGUGCGGCAUCUGCUUUGAGAGCUACCCCCAGGCGGCCAUGAAGCCCGCCGAGUGCUUCGACCACUUCUUCUGUGACGCCUGCUGGCGAGGGUAUGCCAAGGCAGCAGUGGCGGACGGGCCAGGGUGUCUGAGCCUGCGGUGCCCCGACCCUUCAUGUGGUGCAGCGGUGGGGGAGAAGCUCGUGCUCGCCUCGCUGCCAGACGCCCUGCGCGCCAAGUACCUCAAGUACCUCCUGCGAUCCUAUGUGGACGAUAACCGUAACGCCAAGUGGUGUCCAGCGCCGGGCUGUGAGUACGCGGUCGAGUAUCUACCGGACUCCACACACUACGACGUCAUCUGCAAGUGCAGCUUCGCCUUCUGCUGGAAUUGUCUGGAGGAGGCGCAUCGGCCAGUGGACUGUGAGACAGUGGGCAAGUGGAUUCUCAAGAACAGCGCCGAAUCAGAAAACAUGAACUGGAUUCUGGCGAAUUCCAAGUCGUGUCCCAAGUGCAAGCGGCCCAUAGAGAAGAACCAGGGCUGCAUGCACAUGACGUGCACGCCCCCCUGCAAAUACGAGUUCUGCUGGCUGUGUCUAGGGGCGUGGUCCGAGCACGGGGAGAAGACGGGCGGAUUCUACGCGUGCAACCGAUACGAGUCCGCCAAGCACGAGGGCGUGUACGACGAGACGGAGAGGCGGAGGGAGAUGGCGAAGAACUCGCUGGAGAAGUACACGCACUACUACGAGCGCUGGGCUGCCAACGAGCAGUCGAGAGUAAAGGCGCUUGAGUCAUUGCGGGAGAUGCAAACAGUCAAGAUAGAGCAACUGAGUGAGCGUCACAGCCAGCCCGUCUCACAACUCAAGUUUGUCAUCGACGCAUGGCUGCAGGUGGUGGAGUGCAGGCGGGUGCUCAAGUGGACGUAUGCGUACGGCUACUACCUGCCCGAGGCGGAGGUGGCGCGGAGGCAGUUCUUUGAGUACCUGCAGGGCGAGGCAGACGCAGCGUUGGAGAAUCUGCACAAGAUGGCCGAGAAGGAGCUCGAGCUCUACAUCUGUGACGACGGGGACCCGCCCCCAACCUCGUUCAACGACUUCCGCUCGCGGCUCGCAGGGCUCACUAGCGUCACGCACACAUACUUUGAGAACCUAGUGAGGGCACUCGAGAACGGCCUAGCAGACGUCGAGAAUGCCUCUGCAGCUGCCUCCUCCACUCGCGCCGCUGCUGCCGCAGCCGCAGCAGCAGCGGGCCGAGCCAUCGCCAGCACCUCGCGCAUCUCACAGUCCCGCUUCGGUGUCCGAACUCGCUCCCGCACCUCCGCCGCUUCAGCCGCCGCCGCUUCCACCUCUGCUGCUGGCUCGUCCGCUGCUGGGCCUAGUGGAUCGUCUGCGGGAGCAGCAGCAGCGGGUGGUGGUGGUGGUGGUGGUGCGGGGUCGAGUCGCGGGGGUAUUUUCCGGUCGUCGUCGUCUCAAGCGGCCGCUGCGGCGGCGGCAGCGGCGGUGACGGUGGGGAAUACGGGAGGGAGGGAGCGGGAGGAGACGGCGUAUUGGUCGUGUGAGCACUGCACGUAUGCAAACCCGUUGCCGGGGCGGGCGUGCGCCAUGUGCCAUCUGCCACGCAGCACCCGAUGA